UUUGUUUAUCCCUCUGUCUCGCUUUCAUUGAUUAUUGUCUUUGCUAUUAAUCUAAUCAUCACAACGUUUCUCUUUUCAUCUAAAAUCGUUUCUCUCCAUUAAGACUUUUAUUGAUUGUUCCUUUUCUGGGUUUUGCCUUCCAAGUCUUCCUUAAUUCUUCUUACAACGUAAAUACUCAUCUCGUGAAUUGUUCAUAGGAGGAAACUCAAUGCAAUGUACACUUUGACGUUUAGGGAAAAAAUUGAAGACGUUUUUUUUUUUUGUUAAUGCGAGUUUUUCGCUAAAAUACAAAAGAGGGUUUUAAUUGAAUCUUUCUCAGCCGCUUCAAUAAAGCCAUCGACUUUUUUUUUUGUGAUUCAGAUUGAAUCUUUUGAUGGGUUUACUUUAUUUUUAUUUUCUUUGGUAUCAAUUGGGUUUAACAUCAUCUCGAUGCGAUUGUUCAUGUUGAGCAGUGUUGACGCCUUCUUCAGAGUAGCAGCAAGCUAUUGGUGAAGAAAGUUUCCUGUUUUGGAAGAACAAAACUAGAGACAGAGAAAGUUUUUGUCUUUGGCAUCUAUGUUUGGGGGUGUCUUGUCUAUGCCUGUCAAUAAUCCUCACUUGCGCAAAUCUGGAAGUAGACACAUCGUCACUAAUCUCGGAGAUAAUGACUUGAAGACUGCAAGUAUGCUUCUGAGUACUUAUGCGAAAUUGCAAACUCCUAUAUUCCUUCGAAGUCUCAAGGUUGCUCUGUAUAUUGGUGGUCUUUAUGUUUGUGGAAAGGUUGGAUUGGAAUCUGUAAUGAAAAUGGGCGUAGAGACAAGAGAACUGUUCUUUUAUGAGACAUUUCUGUAUUAUAACCCUCUCCUUCUCAUUACGCUGAUGGUCUGGCUCUGGGGUGUUAAUUUGUGGGUUUUUUCUCGGUCUGGAGUAGAUUAUGCAGCAAUCUUUUAUCUAGGAUCAGAUCAUCUUAGUCACAGAGAGAUAUGGAAGUGUGCCAGGUGGAUGACAAUAAUUAUAUUGACUAGCAUGACUGCCUAUCUGUAUCUAUACUCGCACGGAGAUGUAAAGUUGGCUGCAUCUCAACCAGUGGUUUUGUAUUUCUCAGCUGUGAUUAUUCUGAUAAUCCCUUUCAAUAUCUUCUACAUGUCGUCUCGCUACUAUUUGCUUUGGACUUUUUGGCGAAUACUCUUCCCUGUGCAUGCAGUGACUUUUUCAGACUUCUUUCUAGCUGAUAUCCUGACUUCAAUGUCAAAGGUUUUGUCGGAUUUAGAACGUUCAGUAUGUCGUAUGGUCCAUCGACAGGUGGCUACUGUUGCAUGGUUUGAAGCUGAUUCGGUUUGCGGGAGUCAUUCUGCUGCAAUUCCCUUGGUUCUUGUUCUACCUUAUCUUUUCCGGCUGUUCCAAUGCAUUCGUCAGUACAAAGAUAGCAAGGACAUUGCAAACAUCUACAAUGCUGGGAAGUAUUUAACAGCGGUGCCUGUCAUCUUUCUCUCAGCCCUCAAGUAUUAUAUCGAUCCAGAUACAUGGACUUACUCCAUACAGCCGGCAUGGAUCCUCUCUGGUCUAGCUAACACUUUCUUCUCCUUCUUUUGGGAUAUAUUACGCGAUUGGGAUCUAAGUGUCUUCACUCGGAUUUUCAAAUUCACCAGACCAAAUCUUUUCUCCCAUCUACUAUAUGGACGCCGUUGGGUAUAUGUUUGGGUAAUCGGAAGCAAUCUGGUACUAAGGUGGACAUGGACAUAUAAGUUAUCUGCUCAUCUCCGUAACAACUACAUAACGGUCUUCAUCAUCACUGCCUUGGAGAUUUACAGGCGAUUCCAAUGGGCGUUUUUCCGUAUAGAGAACGUGUGGUAUAAAAUCAACAAUCCCAAGCAUACUGCUCAUCAAUCUAAUCCUCUUUCACUCCAACAUGAUAUCGACAGUGAACAUGAGAAAUUACUCGCGCAUAGUCACAGCCCCGGUGUAUAAAAAUCUCAAUGUUCUUGUUGUUUUGUGCUAAGUUCUGAAAAGUUUUGAAUAACAACACAUACAAAGUACUCUGUUACUUAUACUGUAACUUGUAACUUCCAUUACAGAGAGAGAGACUACACUGGCUCUAUAAUGUACAUGAAGAUGUGUAAUUGUGUAAUUUCUCUUGUAUUAAUAUUAACUUCACCUGUUCUUGUAAGAGAUAAACUAUAAAGCAUUAAAGGAACUUGCUUUAGGUGCAACUAAACUGGUUUUGGACAAGUG